AAUUUCUUGAUCUAAGGUGGGCCGACCAACAGAUGUCUCCUGUAAUUUGUCGAGGUGGAAAACUGAAGCGAAAAAAAUUAGCCGAGAGCAGCCACGAUUUGCGCAGGGUGGACUGUAGAAGGAGAACCCAAACGAGUUGGAGUGUUGUCGGCGUGAAGUUUUUAGUGGCCGACUGGGAAAGAUUGCCUGGAUUUGGUAUUGGAGAACAACUAGCCAGAAUGUGUGGUCUACUUGCUAUUGCAAUAAACGAGAAGAGGGUUUUAGUUACCGGUUACUAUAACAGAGCCGAUCAUGACGGUUGCAAAGACCUCACUCGAGUGCAGAAAAUGAGCCUACGAGCUUGUGCACGACAAGGCAGCAUGGCAGACAGAGUAUGGGGUAGUUCUUGGAGUAGCAUGCAACCAACCACCGAGAUUAACAGGACCUUGAUUGCUAUACGGUACCUAAUGAGGUAUCAGAACGAGUACACGUGCGGCAUUAUGAACAAGGUCCGCCACAGUGCCUUUGGACGUGAAGCUGCAAAAAUGGUUCUCGAGUUAUCCUCCGAGAAUCUGAGAAGAACUGAGCAUGAUAUAGAAAAAUUCGUGUGGUCUAAUCACAACCUCUGGCUCCCUCGGCCGUUGUUGAGCAUGCACGUCAGGAUGGGAGACAAGGCGUGUGAGAUGACCUUUUCAGAUUUGAAGAAUAAUGCGUUUAGCGAACAAAGUCCGGGCGCGCUUCCCGCACUUCAAGAAUGUGUGGCUUUCUACCGAAAUGCAGGUCGCGUAAAAUUCGAUGUGAUUGAUAGAUCUAAAUCCUACGAGUGGCACCAGAAAUGUUACUACACGAACGUGAGGCAAUAAACGGGGAAUAUGUUGAUGGCAGCUUACGAAUCGAGCCUCGGUCGAGAUACGAGCAGUAAUUACCCACUUGUGAACUUCUUGAUGGCGACAGAGGCUGAUUUCUUCAUAGGUGCAUUGGGUUCGACGUGGUGCUUUCUGAUAGAUGGGAUGUGAAACACGGUGGGAAAGUCAUAUCCGAUUACUUGAGCAUGAACAAAGACAGAUUUUGGUAGCACUAUCACUAUGCAUAUAGCAAAAUUGUCGAGCAAAUGGAUGAAGAACAUGUAUGUAUCAGAUGAUCUCACAUGAAGAUAAUCCAAAUAAUAGAGAUUUGUAAGUUACUAUGUUAAGUUCUUAUGUUUAUGUUGUAAAUAAUGGAAUAAAGAGGUUGGUUGGUAAUCACGGUUUAUGUUUUUUUAACAUGUUAACGGGUACUUUUGAGCAGAUUGUGAAUAGUAAUUUGGGUCUUUUGCCAGUCAUGAGCAAAAUAAUUU